AUGUCGAUGGAAGAAGAGCCCGAAAUUGAUAAUAGACUUAAAGACCAAUCGCGGUCGGAAGAAGAAGGAGAAGGAGAAGACUUACAAAACUCUUCAGUUGCUGACUCGUCUGAGGAAGACGAAGACGAAGAGGAGGACGAAGAGGCAAUUCAGAAAGUUCGUGAAGGUUUUAUUGUCGAUGAUGAAGAAGACGCCGUUGAAUCUAGAAGACGGAAGAAGCAUAAGAAGAGGAGAAGAGAAAGAGAAAAAACCGAACAAGACGAUGCAUUGGAUGAGGAUGAUCUUGAGUUGCUUUUGGAAAAUUCAGGUGCAAAACUUACACGUCCACAAGGUGGUAAGUUUAAGCGUUUGAAACGAAAGCAAGCGGAAGAAGCCGACGAUGGUGGUGGUGAAGAAGGAGAGGAUGAAGCCUCGUCAAAAAGGAAGAAGAAAGAAGCUGAACGUGAAAGGCGACUUGAAAGAGGAUUGCAGAAUAUUUUCUCCGAGGAUGAGGACGAAGAUGAACUUAGUGGAAACGACGAAGAGGAAGGUGAUUUAAGAAGCGAUGAUGAUGAUGACGAAGGUCUACAGAGAGCUACUCGACCUCUGGUGUUGGGAGAGUUUGAGGAUUUUAUUGAGCUGGAGGAGGAUUCUGAUGAAGACGCCGAGACCAGAGCCGAAAGGAAAAGAGAAAGGCAAAAACUAAAGCGAAGAGGAAGAAAAUUAGACACUUCAAAAUUGACCGAUGUCGAUAGAAAGAGUUUACAAGAGUUAUUUGAAGUUUUUGGAACUGGAGAUGAAUAUGACUGGGCACUAGCAGCACAAGAGGAGGCUAUGGACGAGGAAGGCAGCAGAGAAGAUCCAACUACUUUGGAAGCUGUAUUUGAAAACUCAGAGUUGAAAGAAAGAAUGUUGACCGAGGAAGAUAACUUGAUAAGGAUUAUUGAUGUUCCAGAAAGAUACCAAAAAUACCGCAGUGCAUUAACUUAUAUCGACUUGGACGACGAUGAGCUUAGUUGUGAGAAAGAAUGGAUAGCUGAUAUUUUGUACAAUGAAAAACAUGGUGUUUUUAGUGAAUUUGAAAAGGAGUUUAAGAAUGCUGUUGGUGAAAUAGUUGAGCUUGUUGCGAGACAUUCCUUUGAAGUUCCAUUCAUCUGGGCCAAUCGUCGAGAUGCCGCCUUGUUUUCUGAGGAGAUUAUAAAGAACGGAGAACCAAAACAACAAGUUGUUAAACUUUUGUUUGAGGAAGAUUUGUGGAGAAUUGUGCAAUUGGACUUGGAGUACCAUUCUCUUUACGAGAAAAGAUUGAAUGUUGAAAAGAUGGUCGACACGAUGAAAAUCGAAGAUGACUUAACGAAAGAUAUCAAAUCUUUGAACACUAUGGUGGCAAUUCAAGAUAUACACGAUUACAUUCAAUUCACUUAUACCAAGGAAAUUAGAGAAUCUAACGGUAGUGGCGAAGUUGAAAGAGAAGGAGAAAGAGAAGGAGAAAGAGAAGGAGAAAAAGAAAGAGAAGGAGAAGGGGAAGGAGAAGGAGAAGGAGAAGGAGAAGGAGAAGGAGAAGGAGAAGGAGGAGAAAGGGUUAAUGGCACGCUGCAUGAUGCAAAGAAUAGAAAACACUCCAAAUACGCUUUGUUUGAGCGUAUAAGAUCGAAUAUACUAUAUGAUGCAGUUAAGGCUUAUGGUAUUAAUGCUAAACAAUUUGGUGAAAAUGUCCAAGUUCAAAGUCUAAGUGACUUUACUAGUGAUAUAAGACAACACGCUACAGAUGAUUCUCAUGAGACCCCAGACGAUAUUAUAGACCGUUUGGUUGAUGACGACGAUGUGAUCUUCAAAGAUGAAAAAACCGCUAGAGAUGCUGUGCGUCGUACUUUUGCAGAAGAAAUUUUUCAUAACCCAAAGAUUCGACAAGAGGUACGAGCCACUUACAAGUCUUAUGCACUGGUAAGUGUUGCGUUGACUGAUAAAGGUAGGACCGCCAUUGAUAACUAUAGUCCAUAUGCGGAUAUCAAAUAUGCAAUCAACAGAUCUCCUGCAGACUUGGUGAAAAACCCUGAUGUCUUCCUAAGAAUGCUUGAAGCUGAAGAGAAAGGGUUAGCAGUUAUUAAAGUGGAGACGGAAGGUUUUGAUAAUUGGUUUGAGUUCAUUUUCAAGUGUUUAAAAUCAGAUGGAUUAUCUGAGGUGUCUGAGUUGUGGAACAAGGAAAGAGAAGUUGUUUUACGCAUGGCUUUUCAAAAGCUAUGCAGUAUGGUUGCAUUGAAUACUAAAGAAGAUUUACGUCGAGAAUGUCAAAGACUAGUUGCAAGAGAAGUUAGGAAAUCGUUCCUGGACAAGUUAGAUCAAGCUCCGUUCACUCCUUAUGGGUAUGACUUGGGUACAAUACCAAGUGUGUUAUCUUUGACAUUUGGCCAAGGUGAUUACGACAGUGCUGUUGUAGGAGUAUUUAUGAGGGAUUCUGGUUCAAUCAAAGAUUAUUUCAAAUCUCAACAUAACCCGACAAACAGUCGUGAGAAAGAAGAAAGCUUUAGUGCUCAAUUGAAAGAGUUUUUUGACAAGAAUUUGGCGCAUGAGAAACCUGAUGUGAUAGUUAUUUCAGGGUUUAAUGCGAAUACCAAAAAGUUGUAUGAUGUUGUGAAGAGGUUUGUGGAGGUAAAUGGUAUUUUGGCUAGUGUUGAUGGAGAAAUGCUGCAGAAAACUCAAGAACCGCCUUUGUUGAGUGUAAUUUGGGGACAAGACGAAACAGCUCGGUUGUAUCAAAACUCUGAAAGAGCAAGAUUGGCAUUCCCAGAAAAGCCCACCUUGGUGCGAUAUGCUAUUGGUGUAGCCAGAUACGUGCAAAAUCCAUUAUUAGAGUAUAUUUCUUUGGGAGAUGAUAUUUUGUCAUUAACAUUCCAUCAGCACCAAAAGCUUAUACCAAAAGAUCUUGUUAAAGAUGCUUUGGAGUCAGCUUAUGUGGACGCAGUCAACGCUCUUGGCUUGGACAUUAAUGUUGCCAUGCGCAACCCCUAUGUUGCACAAAUGUUGCAGUACAUUGCAGGAUUUGGUCCGCGUAAAGCAUCUGGAUUGUUAAGAAAUAUGGAAACAAAAAUGAUAACGAGCUUGGCAACAAGGCAGGACUUGAUUGAAUUGGAAUUGACGCCAGCAAACAUUUUUCAAAAUUGUGCUUCAUUUUUGAAAAUACCUUACGAUGAGACUGCAAAUGUAAGUUCAUCAUCAAUUGAACUUUUGGAUGCUACAAGGAUCCACCCUGAGGAUUAUGGGUUAGCGCGUAAGCUUGCUGGUGAUGCACUUGAUUUGGACGAAGAAGAUAUUGCCGCGUUGGAGAAAGAAGGUGGAGUAAUUGCACAGUUGUACGAAGAAGGUACUCUGCGCCUUGAUGGUUUGAAUUUGAGUUCAUAUGGAGAACAGUUGGAAGGAAGUUUAGGUAAGAAGAAAUACGCUACUGUGAGAAUGAUCAAAGAGGAGUUGAUCAAUAACUAUGUGGAGUUGAGAAAUGCAUUCAAAAAAUUACUGGACUUUGAAGCAUUCAACAUGUUGACAGGUGAAACGCCCGCAACAUUUGGAAAAGACUCAAUUGUUCCAGUUACAGUUAUCAAGUUGGGAAAGAAUUUCCAAGAUCCAAAUUCGAGAGUGAGAUGGGCCAAGGUUGUAACCCCAUCAUUGAUUCAAGCAAACAUUGAACAAGACAAAAUUCGAGAUCUUGACUUGCAGCAGGGUCAAACUUACCAGGCAGUAGUAUUAGAAGUAUUCUAUGAUUCUUUUACUGCAGCUAUGAGUUUGUUACCAGAAGAUAUAAAACGUGCUUCAAUUCCUAGAAUACAAAAAGUUGGCGGUAAGUGGGAUUUUAGAGCCGAGGAGGAAGACUGGGCAAAAGAACACGAAAAGGAACAAGCAAAAAAGGCCUUCACCAGAAACAUACAGCAUCCAUUGUACCGUAACUUUAAUUACAAGCAAGCAGAAGAGUACUUGGCGCCACAAAGCUUGGGUGAUUGUAUCAUCCGUCCAUCCUCCAGAGGACCAGAGUUUUUAACAAUAACAUGGAAGGUGGGCAACAAUUUGUUCCAGCACUUAUUGGUUGAAGAGCGGAAAAGAGGUAGAAAGGAGUACAUUGUUGAAGGAAAAUCUUAUUCUGAUUUGGAUCAGUUAAUUUUCCAACAUAUACAAGCCAUUUCAAAGAAGGUGGAUGACUUGGUGCGUAAUCCGAAAUUCAGAGAAGGUACUCUUGCUGAAGUUCACGAUUGGUUGGAAUCAUAUACCAAAGCUAAUCCGAAAAACUCAGCUUAUGUGUUUUGUUAUGACCAUAAAACACCUGGAAGUUUUUUGCUAUUGUUCAAAGUAAAUGUUCAUACUCCAAUUGCUACCUGGCAUGUACGUACAGUUACAGAUGGGUACGUAUUAAAGGGUCUCAACUAUAACACAGUGAUGAAUUUAUGUAAUGGUUUCAAACAGCAAUUCAAAACUUUACAACAAAGACAAAAACCUCAGAGUCACCACUACUCUUACAAUUAUUAA